AUGGGUUGUGGAAUGAGCACGGAGGAGAAGGAGGGCAAGGCCCGCAACGAGGAGAUCGAGAACCAGCUCAAGAAGGACAAGCUGAUGCAGCGUAAUGAGAUCAAGAUGCUUCUGUUGGGUGCUGGUGAAUCCGGAAAGUCCACCAUUCUCAAGCAAAUGAAGCUCAUUCACGAGGGCGGUUAUUCGCGUGACGAGAGGGAAUCCUUCAAGGAGAUCAUCUUCAGCAACACCGUCCAGUCCAUGCGUGUCAUUCUCGAAGCCAUGGAAACCCUUGAGCUUCCCCUCGACGAGAAGCGCACUGAAUACCACGUCCAAACCAUCUUUAUGCAACCCGCUCAGAUCGAAGGCGACAUCCUCCCCCUGAGCUACUUCGACAACAUUGCGAGGAUUGCGGCGCCAGACUACAUGCCCAACGAUCAGGAUGUGCUUCGGUCUCGUGUCAAGACGACGGGUAUCACCGAGACGACAUUCAUUAUUGGUGACCUGACCUACCGUAUGUUCGAUGUCGGUGGCCGGCGAUCUGAGCGAAAGAAGUGGAUCCACUGCUUCGAGAACGUGACGACGAUUCUUUUCCUUGUUGCCAUUUCCGAGUACGAUCAGCUUCUCUUCGAAGACGAGACCGUCAACCGCAUGCAGGAGGCCCUCACGCUAUUCGACUCCAUCUGCAACUCGCGGUGGUUCAUCAAGACAUCCAUCAUUCUUUUCCUGAACAAGAUUGAUAGGUUCAAGGAGAAGCUUCCUACGAGUCCCAUGAAGAACUAUUUCCCAGACUACGAGGGCGGAGAUGACUAUGCGGCCGCGUGCGACUACAUCCUGAACCGUUUCGUCAGCCUGAACCAGCACGAGACCAAGCAGAUCUACACGCAUUUCACCUGUGCGACAGACACCACCCAAAUCCGGUUCGUCAUGGCCGCUGUUAAUGACAUUAUCAUCCAAGAGAACCUCCGACUCUGCGGUCUAAUCUAA